UGAAAAUAAAUGUUCUUGAUUUGCAACCCACAGAACGAAUCCCACGCACGAGUGUAUUGUGCCCGAUCACGUGGGAGGAGGGAUUAUGCAACCUGAGCGGCGGCGGACCCUGUGACGUAGAACCGGAGGCGUUGGCCGGUUAGCGGCACUGCAUUGGUACGCGAGGCGGAGGACGGACGUCUACUGAAUCCUCAGAGAAGUCGGGAUCAAACCCUUUGGAGCGCACUUCACGUCUUGGACAAACAACGGCAGCGAGUAUUUACAACACGUCGAAAUGAUCAGAAACGGUCACCACACCACCGGCGACGCGGGCGGUGAGGUUGUUUGGAGCGAGCCGGGCGGCUCGGUGCGCAGCCCGGAGAAAAGGAAGCGGGUUGUCCGCUUGUGGUGUGACGGCUGCUAUGACAUGGUUCACUACGGCCACUCCAACCAGCUGCGACAGGCCAAGGCCAUGGGGGAUUACCUCAUAGUCGGGGUGCAUACUGACGCUGAGAUUUCCAAGCACAAAGGUCCUCCCGUCUUCACUCAAGAAGAACGCUACAAGAUGGUCCGGGCCAUCAAGUGGGUGGAUGAGAUGGUAGAAGGGGCACCCUACGUCACCACCCUGGAGACUCUGGACAAGUACAACUGUGACUUCUGUGUGCACGGAGACGACAUCACGCUGACGGUGGACGGUAAGGACACGUAUGAGGAGGUGAAGCGCGAAGGCCGCUACCGGGAGUGUAAACGCACACAGGGGGUCUCCACCACUGACCUGGUGGGACGGAUGCUUCUCAUGACCAAAGCCCAUCACAGCAACAUGGAUAACCCGGAUUACCAGCAGCACACAGACAACUUUGGAAAAGGUCCUAAAGGCCAUAGUCCAUGGACCGGAGUGUCGCAGUUCCUCCAGACGUCCCAGAAGAUAAUCCAGUUUGCCUCAGGAAAGGAGCCUCAGCCUGGAGACACCAUCAUCUACGUGGCCGGGGCAUUUGACCUCUUUCACAUUGGCCAUGUUGACUUCUUGGAGAUGGUGUACAAGCAGGCGGAGAGGCCUUACGUCAUCGUGGGUCUGCACUUUGAUCAGGAAGUGAAUCGGUACAAGGGGAAGAACUAUCCAAUCAUGAACAUCCAUGAGAGGACGUUGAGUGUCCUUGCCUGUCGCUAUGUGUCAGAGGUGGUGGAUCGGUGCCCUUAUGCAGUGGGCAAAGAUCUGCUCGAUCACUUUAACGUCGACCUGGUGUGUCAUGGGAAGACGGAGGUGAUCCCCGACAAAGACGCGUCGGACCCCUAUGCUGAGCCCAAGAAAAGGGGGAUUUUCAGGACAAUUGACAGUGCGAACAAUCUCACCACCGAUGACAUCGUCAAGAGGAUCAUUGAAAACAGGCUGCAGUUUGAAGCCAGGAAUCAGAAGAAGGAGGCCAAGGAGAUGGCGGUGAUCGAGGCAAUGAAGAGGAGAGAGCAGCAGGAGCAGGGUGACGAUGCGGCUCAGGUUGCUCUCUAGUGAGCCCUCAGCCCUGGUGGUGUGUCGGAUUCACUCGUCCUGGUACACUCGGCUUUGAGAGGGCGGACUGAACUAACCGCAGACGGACGGACGGCCGUGUCGGACUGGACACAGAAUCCUGCUUUAACAUGUUGGAUGCACAAGGCCGGCUUAGCUUCUCUCAGCAGUUACCUACACAGACUGCUUCAGACUAAGCUGGCAGAUCUGCCGUAACACGAACACAACGAAUCCAAAGUCAUGCUACGCUUUAACCUGCAGAUCCCGUUUGUCCUCCGCAGAGAACUUCUCAUUGAAUUCUUCUGUCAUGUAGUGUUUUUGUUGAUGUAAUCACACAGUAUGUGUUCCGGUUUGCCUUUCAAAGGGGAGUGCUGAUUUUGCAAUAAGCCGUAGCCUUUCCGUUAUGUUUUUAGAUUUUAAAACGUAUUAGUCUUUAAGAAGGAUCAGUAACAUUGAAUGUGGUCUAUUUUUCAAUACACGGAAUUAUAGAUUUAAUCUAUAGUUUCGAGAAAUAACUUUCAUCCUGGACAAACGUACUUAUUAGUAUGUUAAGUAAUCUGUGGAGUAGUCUUUUAAUAUUUUAAUGUGGAUUUGAAUUACCUGAUUUUGUGUGUGUGUGUGUGUGUGUGUUGAAUGAGGUUAGUGGGAGGGUUUGCACUGUAAAUGAUUGUAAAUUCAUGCCUCAUUCCUAUAGCUUUAACUAAUUUAAAGGCUUUUUAAUUGUACGUUUAAAAAAAAAAAGUCUAAACUGUGUCACUACAGCUGUUGGUAAGGUCUCUCCUCGGUUGGCUGCUCGGUGUGUUUUCACAAACUAGUGUGUCCUCUUGUCUCGUCCAAGUGAAUCCAACAGCUUAAUAAACUGGCACCCAGUUUUCCGGUCAAACUGCUUCUGCAAA